CAUCCACCUCCUCUCUCUCUCUCUCUCCCUCCCCAUUCUGAUCUAAGAACCUGAGGAUUUUGAACAAUCUUGAUUCUUGAAGCUCCAUUUUAAGUGUGAAAAAGAAUGGUGUUUCCUGCAUCGAGUUCUGGAAAUCCAAUGCUCUCUCUCAAAGUGGCUUUGAUAUCAACUGGGGUAUUAUCUUUAGCAGUGAUACUAAAGCUUCCAGUACUGGUAACAGACUUUGCGGUCUCUGAACUACCUAUCAUGUAUUCCUCCGUUAUUUCUUGGCUUCAGCCACCUUAUCUUUACUUGGUCAUCAACUGCAUAAUCAUCUCUAUACUUGCCUCUUCCAAGCUUCAGCUUCAAAAGCCGAAGCAAGAACAGCAAGUCCCCUUGCCACCAGCGGAUAUUAUUGUCCCUCUUGUGCAGGUGACGGAGGAGGAGGAGGAGGAUAUAUCUGUUCGUUUAAGGAGUGCUGCUUAUGUUAACGAAGCUGUUGUUGCAAGCUGUGAUCGAUAUGGUGAUUAUGAAUAUUUGGAUGUGGAGGAUAAGACUGUGAUUGUGGAGGAUUGUGCGGUGGAGAGUGGUGGAGUAUACGAAAGGGAAGUGGAUAAGGCAGCUCCAUACAGGAGUGAUUCUAUAGAGUUCUUGAUUGAGAAAGAUCAAAACAAAGAGAAACCAUUGGUUUCUGCAAGAUUAGGUCGCAGGAAAUCUUUGAAAGCAAGUCCUGAAGGUGGUGGGAAGGCGGCGGCAUUGCGAGUAUCAAAACCAAAACGGCACGACACGCUGGAGACCACGUGGAAGACUAUAACGGAUGGUCGUCCAAUGCCAUUAGCCAGACACCUUAAGAAAUCCGACGAGUGGGACUCGCACGUGCGCCGUGAGAAUGCUCCUCCACCGAAAAUGAUGACGAUGAAGAAAUAUGAAACUUUUAACGAUAGCAUCAGCAGCAGGCCAGAGAAGCUUAGUCGGAGUCCUCAUGGAUCAGGGAAACUCAGGAAAGAACCUUCUCCGAGUCAGGAUGAGUUGAACAAGCGAGUAGAGGCGUUCAUAAACAAGUUUAACGAGGAAAUGAGGCUGCAAAGGCAGAGGUCUUUGGACCAGUACUAUCAACAGAUGAGUGGUCGGGGAGCUUAUUAGGAUUAAAUUUUCGAUUAGAUUUUGUUUGGGAAUAAUCACUAAUUACUAUAUAUAUAUAUAUAUAUAUAUAUAUAUAUAUAUAUAUAUAUAUCGUGUAUUAAAGAGUAGAGAUCACAAAGGAGAGAGAUAGAAAUGACAAGAUCUUAGUGCUCAUUUUUGUGGUCGGAGGAGGAAUAAAUUAUUCAUGAUUACGGUAA